UCUUGAAUCUACUCUCCCCUCAUCGGUUCGCUCUGCGUUCUAUUAGCCAGUCGGAUUUUAUUGCGGAAGCGAUUACUUUUCUCUCGCAGCAGGCAGGCAUUAUUUGCUUAAAACAAGUACUUUCCCAAACAUGUAUACAACACAAAACAUCGUCAACUCAAUAACAUCGAUUUGAGAAGCGAAAACAAUUGAUUGACUUCAUUACAAGAAGACUGUGAAAACGGUCUACACGGGCGUGUGUGACGCGUCUCUUCCUACAUUCAUCGUGUUGACGAUCGAGAAUCGCUUUCAUAUUCGCUAACUACGGGUUUUUGACACUUUGCCCGCUAGUCAGUCGGGAUGAAGCCUGGAGUAGGGGCAUGUCAGGACCCCUGUCAGGGUGGUCCGGGGGUGGGUGACAGGGGGGACGACACCCUGGUGUGUCUACCCCCUAAAGACACCCCUGGCUCACCCGCGGGGUCCCCCUCAGAGUUGGGAAGCCCUGGCCCCCGCCAGGCCGCGACCUUUGACCUGCUGAAGAUGGUGGUGUCUUACAAGAGGAUGGCCCUGUUUCUGGAGCCGCUCACUGACACGUUGGAGCUGGCCCGCUACCUACUGGGGUGGAGGAUGCCUCUGUGCUCACUACUGGUCUGUGUACUGCUCAACACCCUCUUCCUCACCCUGAGUGAAGUGGGGUGGUUCUCUGUGUGUGUUUUGGGGGUGUCUGCCCCGGCUGCCCUGGGUUACCUGCAGGACAGGUGUGGGGGCGGGGCGUCGGAGGCGGAGCAACAGAAGAGGCGGUGCCACGCGGUGCAUCGUAAGGACCUGCAGAACGUUCAGCUCACCAGACAGGACGCCAUGCUGGAAGUCAAGGACCUGUUAAAGCAGCUAGAUGACCUGUUGUCUCAUGCCUGCCUGUCUGCUGAGUCCGUCUACAAGCUCCUGUACUGGGAGAGCCACUCUGAGUCCUCUAGGUUCUACGGUGGCCUGUUAGCUGUAUUGAUGCUGCUGUAUUCUGUCCCUGUGGGCUGGGUGCUGGCCUGUCUCACUACUGCACUCUUCCUGUGGAACCGAGACUUCUGCAGGGUUGUGUUGGACCUAAGGGAGGUGGUCCAUUCUGGCCAGAACCCAUCCUCAGAAGGAGAGAUGGACCUCACAGAACCGAACCACAGCAGCCUGGACCGGACUCCCACUGCUACCAGCUUGGAGGACCUGUCCCCGGGCAGCGUAGAGGAGGCUGAGGAGGCAGAGCCUGAUGAUGAGUUCAAAGACGCCAUCGAGUUGACUCAGGAGCCCCCUAUCUCCCUGCAGGACUAUCUCAGACAGUUCAGUGUUACACGACGUCAUGACCGAGGUCAAAGACCUGAGACUCCCUUGGCUUUAGUGGAGGAUGAUGACAUAAGUUCAGAUCUGGACACCAUCUCCAUCACCUCAGACAACGGUCUGCUGAGCCGCAACGAGCCAAUCCGCAGUAAGGUGUCCAAACUGACGGAGAAGCUACGCAAACGCUACCCCACCAACAACACAGGUAACUGUUCCAGCUGCAGUGCAGUCUUCUCAGUGGUGAAGAGAAGGCGGAGCUGUAGUAACUGUGGCAACAGCUUCUGCUCCAGAUGCUGCUCCUACAAGGUCCUCAAGGCCUGCAUGGGUGUCACAGCUCCAGAUGCCCAGAGAGAGACGGUGUUUGUUUGUGCUGUCUGCAACUCCACCCUCAGCAAGUGAGAAAUGACUACCACCUCCUACCCACUCAUGGAGACCCAGGGAGGGUACUGCCCCUCCUACCCAGGAUUCGAAGCUCCUUGGCUGGGUAGAGCCCGCGGCAGAUCAGCCUCUACCCCGCCUGGGGGUGGUUCAAAACCCCAGGUUGUCUGGUUCUCUGGCUCCAGCCCAGGUGACCAGGGUUAUUAAGAUGAACCAGUCCCAAAUGGCAACCUUUUCCCUACAAAUUAUUCCCUAUAAAUUACACUGCUUUUGCCCAGAGCCCUAUGGGGUUCCCUAUGGGCCCUGGUCUACAGUAGUGGACUAUAUAGGGAAUAGGGUGCCAUUUUGGGACGCUACCACAGACUCCCAUCAGCUUGUGUUGCAUUGAGAUUUAUCCUGUACUGUCAUGGAGGUCCUGAGAAUGCUGAGGUGUGUGUGUGUGUGUGUGUGUGUGUGUGUGUGUGUGUGUGUGUGUGUGUUGGAUUGUAUAAGAUAUGCUAUAGAUUGACCCUGUUAUAACUUAUCCAUUCUGUAAUGGUUUUAUAUGUUGGUCCUAAUGUUAAUUUAAUGGAUGUAAAGACAGGAUGCUAAAGACUAUACUUUUGUCCUAAAUGGCAUUCCCUAAUCCACAUGGAGCAUAACCUAACCCCAUGGAGUGAUUUCCAGAGGUGAUCCCAGAGCUGUGUUCAAAUACUCAUACUAGCUGUACUAUUUGUGAUGUAACAUUGAGUAUGUAGUUAAGUACUUAUUGGAUAUAGUAUGCCAAACGUUCCUGGAUGUCCUACUAAAUUCACCUAAAUACGAAGUAUACAAGCAGUGGACACUAUUUCUGUGCUUUUAGGGACCAUAAUGCAAUUCUUCAGAAAAUGGGCGUGGCUUCACCAACGUUUUCAGAUUUGAGGAAAAUGGCAGACGAGAGCGGAUAGAAAUUAAUUGCUUUAAGAAAAUGUUGCGCAAUGUAAUAAAGUAAUGACUUUUCAAACAAGUUAAACAUUAUGUUGGCAGACAAUUUAUUAGCUACGCUGUCCUUACGAACCGCAGCAUGUCAUUCAGCAGUAUGUACCGGGCUGUUAGCUAGCUACCUAACGUUAGUUGGCUACUAAUACAUUGAACUUGCCAGGUAGUAUAUUAACUAACUUCCCAGUGUUUAUUGACUUGAUUAUUCACAUCAUUCUUAGCUAAGUGGUAGA